UCCGUCCCUCUUUCCUUUCCCUCCCUUCAUUAUCUUUAUCUGUACACACACCUCUACUCUGCUUUUUCUCCAUUUCUGUAUGCACGCUGCGUUUUUAUUCUCUCCCCUCCCCGCUAACGGAGGUGGGCACUCUUCCCAGAGCUGGUGCAUCUAAGCAGGUGCAGCCUCUUUCUCCCCUCCCUCCCUCCUUCUCUCUUUCUCUCCCUUCCCUUGCUCUACCAGUGUGCACUCCGCUCUGUUGGAUUUUUUUUUCCCUCCUCCCCACCUUUCUCAUUCGCUCCCUGUCUCUCAGUAGCAGCAGCUCAGGAGGCAGCUGUAUGCGCGUCUGCAUCACCAUUGCUACAGGUAAAGACGGCUGCAUCGUUGGAUGCAGCAAACUCCAAAAGGGGGAGAGGGUUGGCUGGGUGGUUGAUUAGGGAAGUGCGUGCCUCUGUGGUUGCAAGUCUUGACUCCAGAGCGGGGUGCACAUUUUUAAUCAUCUCUAAAAAAUUUUUUAAAAAGCUUCCAGGACUGAAGGACGGGCAGAGGAGAUCAGCUGCCAGACCAACCGGCGGACUGAAAAGCGUGCAGGCUAUCAGGAACUAAAAGGGACAAAACCAACCAGCACUCUCUUUGGAUUUUUCUUUUCCAACACCAUCCUCUCCUGAUGGUCUUACUUUUCUUCUGAUCUUUCCUUAAAUUUUUUUCCGAUCAACUCCCUGGCUCCUCAUCAACGCCUCCUCUCACAUUUUAUCCCCUCUGUGGCGGAAUGUUCCUUGCAAAUACAUGACAGGAGUCUUCCUGAGGGCUUUGCUGCAGCAUUAACAAACGGUACCCUGAGACGGCAAGAGAGCUGAGCGGACGGCUUGGGGGAAAUCUGAUCCACAGCCAGCCAGAGAUCGAGCAGGAUCACUCAUUGCAGAUUUAUCCGCCCUGCUAUACCGCGCGACAACACCCCAUUUUUUCCUACCUCACCCUCUUGUCCUUCCUUUAAGUCUCUUUUUCAGCACUUCUGGGCAAAUAACUAGAUUUUUGGAUUUCAUGGCAAAGUGGGUUUAGAUCAUACAAAUGCAUAAAGAGAUACAAGGAAGACACUUGCAGAAAGUCUACCAGUGGCUAAAGGUGUUAAAUAAUCGUCAGAGUGUUAAACCGACUCCUAAUUGAUAUUUUCUGGUCUCCCUUCCAGCUACAACAGGAAGAGAUUUCGAAGGGUGACUUGACUAAAGGUGUUGUGUCAGACCCCGCAUUAGGAAGCAUCCUUUCAGAGCUCUGAAGACUGGUAAAGAGACUUGGCCCACCCUUCAAGUUUCCCUGUCCCAUUGUGGAUUUGUACUUGGAUUGCUACAUGUUCACAUCACGUCCAAGCUGUGGAUUUCUGCUGCACUGGCAUCCAAACAUUGAUAGCACUGAUUUCUAACAGAUGUGAAGACGCUUCAUCCCACACACUUUCCUGCUAGAGGCAUCUCUUUUUUCCCUUUUCUCUUGCUUGCUUUCACAGUGAACAUUUUUGAAGUUUCCUGUUGGCAAUCGAGAGUUGGCCAGGAAUAAACAUAAACUAAUUUGGUGGUUUCUACAAAACCUCUCCUGUAUUUAACUGGGUGUCUCUGAGUCUGAAUGUGGGUACUUGUGCUUUUGUGACUGCAUGACUGCAUGCAUCUUCUUACCCCUGCCUUUCUUCGUAUCUUCGGGAUACAUAUUCAUAUAGUUGCUACUUUGUCCGCCUCCACAUUCCUAUCAUCUUUUCAAAGUCCGGCAUUGUCAAGAACCUUUUUUGCAAUGUGCUAUCAAUGCCUAUUGCAGGGUUAACCCUCGAUGAGCCAUAAAGGACGGCAGGGCAGGAUGAGUGAGAGCUCCGGAGCUGCUGUAUCUGGGGCAGUAAUCCUGGAGGAACCCGAAGGUUCAGGAGCUACCGGGGGCCGUGGUGAAGUCCAGGCUCAGGAUCAGGGUCCUUUUCGGUGUGCUGUGUGGCCUCGCCAGCAGACAUGGCUGUGCGUGGUCCCUUUACUUAUUGGUUUCAUUGGCCUUGGAUUGAGCCUAAUGCUCCUGAAGUGGAUUGUUGUGGGUACAGUUCGGGAUUAUGUGCCAACGGACCUGGUGGAUGCUAAUCGAAUAGGCCAAGAUCCCAUCUUUCUCUCCAAGCCAAGCGGGAUUCCUAAAGGUCCUGAUACUACCACCACUACAACUACUUCCGCAGUCGACGGUGGAAACCCCACACCUAGAACCGUAACUGUGGCGAAAGGCAGAACUCGCACUGUUGCUUCGACCACAACUAUAAACCCCAGAGGGGGCGGAGCCUCUGGAAGUCAGGUGACACUUCGGAACCCUGGAAAUCGUAACGGACAUAUACCUUCGAUCUUUACUACGACCACUGCAGCACUGCGGACAACCUUUGUAAUUGGAGCGGCGACUGCUAGCUCAUCUCCUGCGAAUCCAACAGUUCUUCGUGACUCUACACAAAUGUGGACUACGGAACAUACUACUACAGAGGAGGCCUCUACCACGCUGACCACGCAUACACAUAGCCAACGCAAAACACCAUCCCCAACUGUGCCUCCGCUUCACUCAGAGCAUUUCAAACCCUGCCAUGAGAAGGACUUGGCCUACUGCCUCAAUGGUGGAGAAUGCUUUGUCAUCGAGACACUCAGUGGCCCCCACAAGCACUGCAAGUGUCGUGAAGGUUACCAAGGAAUCCGGUGUGACCAGUUCCUGCCCAAGACGGACUCCAUCCUGUCAGACCCCAUUGACCACUUGGGCAUUGAGUUCAUGGAGAGCAAAGCUGUGUACAAGAGACAGGUGCUGUCAAUCACGUCCAUCGCCAUGGCAAUCAGUCUUCUGGGAACAAUGUGCAUGGCACUCUACUGCCGCAACAAGAGGCGCAGGGAGAAGCUCCAGGCCCACCUGAAGGAAAGUCGCAGUUUGAAAAGCUACACAACCAAUCCCAUCAAUCUUCUAGAAGCCAAGAUGAGGGUCCCAAACACCAACCUGCAAAUGCAUGAGUACUGCAAGCGUUCCCCCACGUCUCGCCAGGGAAGUGUGUGUGAGUCCAGCUUCGUCCCCACCCCGCCGCCCAGCGGCUCCAGAGGCGCAGCCAGACAUCACCGAAGCAGCCCUGAGCAGAGAACCCGCUCAGCUCACUGGUCAACUUCUCGCAGAACGCCUCCUGUAGCCAGAGGACGGCUAAACCCAAUCGGAGGAUCCAAGUUUUCAGGUCCUGCCUACGAACACCUUCAGGAAGUAGACCCAUCUGAAAAGGAAACAGAAGCACAAAAAAGGGUCCACUCCCAGGAGGAGAGCUCAGGCUGUGACACCAAACAAGAUGCCUUUGUACAUAUGCAAACUCCUGUUUCCAUGGAGACAAAGUCGUCGGCGCUGCCUUGGUGUGGUAGUGCGCAGGUGCGCUCCCCUCCGCAGAGCAGCCGCAGCCUGAGGAGGCCCGGCCGCCGCCGCCACAGCCUGUCCCCGUCUCCGCCGCCGUUUCACUCCUGCUCCAUCCCCAUCCCCAUCAUUCCUUCCGUUCAGGGUCACCAUGACAACGAGGUGUCCUGUAUGCAAACCAGCCCGGAAACCACCGAGAUGUCAACAACCUGCGAGGAGGAGAGAAGGGACAAGGCGGCGCGCACCCGGCCCUCCUCGUCCUCGUCCUACUUAUGCUCCUCCGCAGUCGGGCGGCGGCAGGAGGCGGCGGCUCUGCUUUUGGAGGAGGCACAGGAGCAGCUCAGAGCGUUGGCUCUCGCCCACAGGAAGCAGGAAGAGGUCGGGAGCGGCUCAGCAGCAGCCACGCCGGCGGAGCCUCGAGAAACUGUUUGCUUCCUGAACCUUAGUGGCGGAAGCGCAGUGGGACUCGGCUGCGGCGGACCAACGCAGACCCAGCUGCUAUCGCACAGAGACCCAGUCCAAUGAGGCCGCUCCGUUUUCGGGACACGCACUUUUUUUUGUUUUUGGUUUGAUACUGUUGGCAGACCUGGUGUUCUGUAUCUGUAAGAUGUGAAUGGAAAAUGUCAAUUUGAAAAAAAAAAAAACAUCACGGGAAAUCCUAUUAAUAUGCAUACUGUAUGGAUACAAGUGUACAAACACUCUGAGUGGCCAACCUUCCACUGACUGACCGUAUGGAAAAGAGAAAAAAAUACCUUCAAGCUUUCAUCAACAAAACACUUCUACUUAGACGAAAAGAAACCAAAUAGUCUGUCAAAUCCAUGAUGUUUUUAACUGUAAAAAGAAUCUAUAAAUAUAUAUAUAUAUAUAUAAAUAUAAAUAUAUAUGAAAAUAAAUAUAUGGAAUUUAAAAAGUGACCGAGUACAAAGUUGAAGAACACAGGAAUGAUAUUUUAGUUUAGUCUUUAUUUCUCCACCCUUUGUUUUGUAUCUAGUCACACAUUUGGUAACAAACAGCUUCGUGGUUGUUGCGCCGCACGUCCAGGAUCCAGGAAGUCACCGUCGAAGGAGGAAUCUCGUCUAUGACCUCACCCCCUCUGCCUUUUAAAAAAAACUCUGACCCAGCCAAGAGUUACACUACUGCCCUCUGUGGUUUUCAACAUUUUCCAGGAUUUACGGCACAAGAGAAAAACACGAAGGGAAUCGGGGAGAUAAUUCAGCUUCCUGAGGGGGGAGGAUUAUAACUAACGCUUCUUUUCUCCGUUUUUGUUACAAAGGAUAUUUUCACACAGGCGCACACACACACCCACUUAUUCGUGCAUUAUUUACUUUGUUGGCUGGGUGUUUCACAAUGAAAAGAACUACAGGUGAAAGACGGACAGAUCACAGGAGUUAAUCUGAUAGUUUUUUAGUGUGUCGUCCAUUUUUAGUUACUAACGAACAAUGCUGCUUUUCUGGGAUUGAUGGGGGAUGAACCAUGUUGUUUUGGUAUUGAAACAAGAAAUAAAUGUCUCUAUGUUGUAUCCUAAUGUAUGAAUUGGAAGCAUUUGAAUUUCUGUAAGAAGUCACAGCCCAAUGUUUCUGGUGUCAAAAAAAUGGUUGCAGUUCUGGUAAAGAUUUUUCAAAAUAUCA